CUAAUCUCAUCCUCCCCUCAUCUCAGAGCCUCGGCCGCACGCACUUCCCCCGGCAAACCCCGCCGCCGAGAGAGAGAGAGAGAGAGCUCCUCCCGCCGUCCGCCAGAAAAUGACGACCCGCUUCAAGAAGAACCGCAAGAAGCGCGGCCACGUCAGCGCCGGCCACGGCCGUAUCGGCAAGCACCGCAAGCAUCCGGGAGGGCGGGGUAACGCCGGAGGCAUGCACCACCACCGCAUCCUCUUCGACAAGUACCAUCCGGGGUACUUCGGCAAGGUCGGCAUGCGGUACUUCCACAAGCUCCGCAACAAGUUCUACUGCCCCAUCGUCAACGUCGAGAAGCUGUGGUCGCUGGUCCCCCAGGACGCCAAGGACAAGGCCUCCGGCGCCGCCGCCGCCCCGGUGCUCGACGUCACCCAGUUCGGGUUCUUCAAGGUCCUCGGGAAGGGCGUCCUCCCGGAGAAGCAGCCGAUCGUGGUGAAGGCCAAGCUGGUGUCGAAGAUCGCCGAGAAGAAGAUCAAGGAGGCCGGCGGCGCCGUCGUGCUCACCGCUUAGGGGCUCCAUUCGCGGUAGCUUUUUAGGGUUUCCCCGUUUGCAAUUAUAUACAAUUGAUGCGCUUUCCAUUAUGAUUUUGACGCUUGGUUGUAAUUGGAUCUGGAUCUGUUUACUUUAUGCAGACCGAGAGCUUAAUUUUUGGGUAAUUCUCUAUGCUUA